CUUAGUGUGUGAGUGAAAUAGACAGUUCUGAAUUGAGAGUUCUAAAGAGAUUGGACCAUCUAAUAGGAUUACGAAGCACCAUCAUUAGUUUGCUAAAAUGAAUCAAGUCUAUUUUAAGAUCAGGAAUAAUCUAUUUCUCAUUUUGUUUUGAUUUUAAUAGACCAUCCGGCACAACUUAUGCCAAAGUGGUUUCAGGCUCUUUUUUUUUAUUAUUAUUAAUUUACGCCAUGGUACGUGUUUCGGCGCACCAAAAUCACUGGGGAAGUACAAUAGGACUCUUCGCGGUGAAGCUUUUGGGUUUACGUGAAUUACAGUCUCAAACAUAGCAUAAUGGCACGAGUGAUGAAUGUACGAGGCAACGACUAAACAUCGUGGGACAGUCAUCAAAUGCAAGUGGCCACAAGAAUACAGCAUCAUCAUCUCAUCAACAUCUGUGAUUCCUGCGGCACAGGACAUCAGGGGACCUCUUCAAAUGAUGUUGGCCGGAGACAGUUUGCCAGAGCAAGUGUGCCAUCAGUGUAUCCAGCAAGUUAAUUCGUCGUACAAUUUUAAACUGCAGUGCGAGAGUUCCGACAUUGCACUACGACAGUAUCUCAGGAAUUUGCAUCCACAGCAAGAUUCAUAUCAGGAAGAAGACAAGAAGUUGUAUUCAGUGUCACCAUCUGAUAGUGGUGAUGAAUGCAGAGAUGACUUCUCUGAUGUGAAAGCCGAAGUAAAGGAUCAUUUCGAUCACCAGGCGACCAGGUCACCAAAUAGAAACCUCUUAGCCCACGCUUUGGAUCUGCAGGAAAAAUGUGAACCAGGAUCUUCAGUUGGUAAAAUUGGGACAAGACACAGCAAAUCACACAAGGAAACCACAUUCAAGUGUGACAUUGCUUCGGCCGACGUGGGCGACAGUAAGGAGGGCAUACAUCAGGUUUGUUGUUCACACGUAUGUGGGAAAGACUGCGCAGAGGAAAAGAAAUUGAGUAAAAAGAGACAAGGCACAGCUCAGACGAAUGGCACUCCUGAUAAGAAAGGCGGAUUAAGAAGACAGAAAGAUGCUUCUACGACAGAUUUUACAGGUCCGAAGAAACGGAGGGGUCCGAAAAAGAAAAAGAAUGUCGAUGUUUCUGUCGUUAAAGAAGAGGAUGUGAAGAUAGAGGAAAUGGUCCUCCUUCCUCCUCUCGAUCGAUUUGGCGUGGUUGAUGACGACGAUCUAAUUGAAGCUUUGCCGAUGAUUCAGGAGAAGGAGCGGUUUGUUUGUAAUGAGUGCGGUAAUGUUUUUGCACAGAAGAGUGGUCUGUUGAAGCAUCUGAGGACACACACUGGAGAAAAACCUUUCUGUUGCUCGAUGUGCGGAAAAACAUUUCGUCAAAGUGGUAAUCUGACGUUACACAUAAGAACCCACACGGGUGAAAAACCCUUCUCAUGCACAGAAUGCGGAGAAAGUUUUGGACAGAGCAGUACGUUGACACGUCAUAUGAGGACGCACACGGGCGAGAAACCCUUCUGUUGUCAGGUCUGCGGUAAAAGCUUUGGUCUCCGUAACACGCUCACCUUGCACGAGAGGUCUCACAUGGACGACAAGCCUUUCAACUGCACCGUCUGCGGGAAGCGGUUCCUGCGUAGCAGCAACCUCAACGAGCAUAUGCGGACGCACACGGGAGAGAAACCUUUUACAUGUACAGAGUGUGGAAAGAGUUUUGUUCGUCGUUGUGACCAUAAAAUCCACAUGAGAAUGCAUUCUGGCGAGAAACAAUUUGCUUGCACCGAAUGUGGAAAGAGCUUUCUUCGAAGUACUGAACUUAAGAUUCAUAUGAGGUUACACACAGGUGAGAAGCCAUACUCAUGUCAGGAUUGUGGUAAAAGGUUCAUCAGAAGCAAUCAGUUAAAGCGACACAAGAAAACGCACUUGGUCGUGAAGCCAUUUUAAGUAUUUGUGUUUAUUACACAGUUUUGAGGAUGUUCAAAUGGAGGAGGCAGGAGCACAAACGAGCAGUAAUUAAUGUGUCUGUAACAGACUCUUCCGUACAGCAAAUUGUAGUCGUAUCAAACACGUUUGGCGAUCGAUGAUGUGCUCAGUACUGAACUUUAUAUGAAAUUUACACUCUGAGAUCGGAUUGAAACCGGCGACAGUAACGCCGGGCUGGAAGUUGCGGCAAGGAAAUCGCAUCAAAAGAAAUUCCACUUAAUAGUCUAAAUGAUUUUGCUAUAUGGAGGGUUUUUGUUACAGUUACGAAGUCCGCUUCAGUAUGGGCGUCUAAAAAUGCGUAUAGGGCUUCAUGUGAAGCGUUGUCCACUUUGGUCUAAAAUUAAAUUUGGUUUGUAAAUAUGUUGUGAGCCCCAGCGGGGGUAGAGGAUCUUUCCUCUAGCCCCUGCGUCCAGACCCGCUCUGGGGCCCACCCGGCCUCCUGUCCGACUGGUACCGGGGUCCUUUCCCGAGGUGGCGGCACGACGCUGACCACUCACCCCCAUCUAGAGCCGAGAUUAAGAAUGAGUAGGAGCUGUACCAGAAUGAGAUUUCCUGAACGUCGUACAUGGUUUGAUGCGUUUUAAGUGACAAGGUGUGGCAGAUUCUCACGAAAGCUGAGCGUGACUGCCAGAAAAUUGAGUAGUCCAGUUGUAUACUCGCUUGUUUCUGUAGUGCAUUAGUGAGAUAAGAAAGAGAAUGAAUGAGUUUUCUUAGGAUUUGAGAUUCUCACAGCAGGGGAAGAUCUCGAUCGUGGUCCUCGUGUGGUUUUGUGGAACGUCGCCACAUACUGGACUAACCACAAGACCGCGAUCGACAGUUCACGUUUCUGUGAAAGAAAGACUGUGCCCAUGUUUCUUUGCUUUGUAGAAAUAAUCUAAUAAAGAAAAUGUAUUAAUAUACGUAUUACGUAGGUGGUAAGAGCUGGGUAGCUCAGUCAGUAUAUUGACUGACCGUGGGCUGGACAAUUGGGGUUCAAUCCCUGACAGGGGCAGAGGAUUUUUCUUGUAGCCUCUGGGGCCCACCCAGGCUCCUGUCCAAUGGGUACCGGGCGUCCUUUCCCCCGGGGGUAAAGCGCGUCUAGGGCCAAGGUUUGAAAAUGAGUAGGAGCUAUACGUCCUCUCCCCCCGAGCGCCUACAUGACACGCAGUGGGAUAUCUUUACUUUGUUUAGCUUUAUUACGUAGGCAGUGAGGAUGAGCGUCCAGGCUACUUGUGCCUCUGUGAGGAACGCUGCUGAAUGCACGAUCGUAAUGUCGGGGUCUUGUCAUUUCUUUUUCUGUAAGCCAUUGCUAUGAAAAAUCAGACCGCACGUACGUCGCUUCUAGAAUGUUACGCUGAAUUUCUUGUACCGCAAGUACGUACAUUUUUAUUUUUGUAGCAGAGAUUUUUUUACACGACAGGAGUUUCAAAGUUUUUACGCUGAUGUUGUAAUGUUGUCUUUUUGACUUUAAUGUAAUGAGGCCAGAGCCUGGGAAAUGUGAAUAAAUGGAAAAGUAUUGUAUUUAGCACAAUAACUUGGCCAACAAAAGUAUCGUAUGUCUAUAUAUGUAUGUUCACAUGUGUGUGUGUGUGUGUCAGUAUCUUUGAUAAUAUAUUUCUGACCUCUUUGUCAGUUUAUUUAAAAGA